AUGAAGUACACCUAUGACAUUGUCCAGUGGGACAGGUUCAACUGCUACCCAACGAUGAUUUUUUGCGACAUGGAUCCGGAAGCUCUUGAGUGUCACUCCGCCCACAUUCGCGAAUUGUGUUUCUAUCAGCCCUUGAUAUGGCAAUAUCACAGCCCGGCAAAGUGCUUUAAAGAGAUACAUCUUCACCCGGCCGGAGACUGGAUGGAGCCCAACGCCCUCAAAUUCGUGUGUUGCGCCAUCAAUCGUGCAAGACGUGGGAAGAAGAUUUUCCUUGAGCUGCCCAAGGACUUUACCCUUGCGGUCCAGGUACAUCAGGUCUUGUUUGUCUUGCAAGUGGAGGAGUGCAUUGGUCCUAUGCACGGCCAUAUCAGACAAAUCAUCAGAGAAAGACCGCUUACCACUAUGGAGCUCGAGACUGUCUGGUCCUGUCUCGGCAUCCUGGCUCCCAAGAUCUACAAGUUCGCUAUCCAGAUGCGGUUCGAACAGUCAAAACAUAUGUGGUCACUGGGACCAGUGGUUAAGGAUCAUAAGCCGAAUGAGAAAAUGGUGGAAGGUGACACAGAAAUGGCAGCAUCAUCAGCCAAUGACACUCUAGUGGGUACAGAGUCGGACCCAGACACAAAGAUGAUCACAGAAGACAUCGAUACGGAAGAUAUUUAUUAUGAUGCAGACGAAGAAACUGCUCAAGAAGACGAGGAACUCGUCACAAACUUCGAUCUCCGACGCACAUCCAGCGAGCCUUACCUCAAGCAAAUGUACAAAAUCGACACCAGCGCCUUUCGUGAGUGCGAAGACGAAGAGCCAGAAUAUUGA